GCCGCGUCCCUGCUGCUGCUGCUGUUCUGCUGCUUCGGGUGGAUAGUUGACUCACACUAUCAAAAGAAAAAAGACAAAUCUUUUUCGGAGUUUGACUAAAGCAUCCGUGGACUGUUGGACAAAUAACUACUUAAGAUGGGGCUGUUGGCUGACGAUGUGGCAUUUCACUCCAGCAUACCUGUGCCUCUGGAUAUAACUGUGGCUGUGGUCUACUCUAUUUUUGGAGUAUGCUCUCUAUUUGGAAACGGCACACUGCUGUAUGUCUCCUACAAGAAAAAACACCUCCUGAAGCCUGCCGAGUAUUUCAUCGUCAAUCUUGCCGUUAGUGACCUGGGCCUCACCUUGUCACUGUACCCCAUGGCCAUCACCUCAAGUUUCUACCACAGGUGGCUGUAUGGGAAAACAUUGUGCUCCUUAUACGCGUUCUGUGGCAUGUUGUUUGGCCUCUGCAGUCUGACCACUCUAACCCUGCUAAGCAUGGUGUGCUUUGUCAAAGUAUGCUAUCCGCUCUAUGGAAACAGGUUUAAGGCUCUUCACGGCCAGCUGCUCAUAGCCUGUGCUUGGGUCUAUGCGCUGCUGUUUGCCUGCUCCCCGCUGGCUCACUGGGGAGAGUACGGACCAGAGCCGUAUGGCACCGCCUGCUGCAUCGACUGGAGCUUGUCCAACAAGCUCGGCACGGCCCGCUCGUACACCGUGGCGCUGUUUGUUUUCUGCUACAUCCUCCCGUGCUGCGUAAUUGUUGCGUCCUACACGGGCAUCCUGGUCACCGUGCAAGCUUCCAGGAAGACCAUGGAGCAGCAUGCAUCGCGGCAGAUGAACAUGAGCAGCAUCCAGACAAUUAUUAUCAAGCUAAGCGUCGCUGUCUGCAUUGGUUUCUUUGCCGCGUGGAGUCCGUACGCCGUGGUUUCCAUGUGGGCCGCCUUCGGAGAAUUCGAAAACAUCCCCCCUCUCGCAUUCGCGAUGCCUGCUAUGUUUGCCAAGUCGUCAACCAUCUACAACCCGAUCAUCUACCUAAUGCUGAGACCUAAUUUCCGCAGAAUCGUGGGCAGGGACCUGGGCACACUAUUCCAAGCGUGUCUGAAGGGAUGCCUCGUCUUCAAGGGCCAAGCGAGGUGCUGCUCAAAGCCAAACAUCACGCACGGGCGUCACGCGGCCCACAGACGGACCAACCAGUUCCCCAUAUCCAUCUCUUCCGCUCAGCCACCGGCGGCAAUCGCAAAGGAUCUCGGGUGCCUGAGGUGCACGGACAGUUUUGAAUGCUUCAGACACUACCCACAGAUGUGCGGGAUUGCUAAUCCAGCCUCCAACAUGGACUCGUCAAAAGAUCGGGAAACUCCGGUUUUGCAAACAUUAAGCCCGAUGUGUGACAGCGAGCAUUCGAAAAAGUCCCUGAUGGCCACCGUGAGGACUUCAGAUACAAAUUAUUUCAAUAUCAGUGUAGAGAUGGUUCCGAGGUACACAAAGGAGGCGUGGCCAUGAUAACGUUUGUAAUAAGUGUGACAUUAUGAAAACGAUCCGGAAGUAUCCAUCCAUCCGUCCAGCCAUGCUUAAAACUACUUAUGGGUGUUCUAGUUUUUUUUUUUUAAUAUCAGUCAACUAGUCAAGGUGAGAGGGUGGGGUACACUCUUCACAGGUUGCCAGUGCAUCGCAGGGUCAAGACAGAGACGGACAAACAAGCAGGCGAUUUAACGGCCAUUGUGAUUCUAAAAUAAACCUGAUGGCGUUUUUGGACCAUGGGAGGAAACCGUAGCACCCAGAGAAAACCGAGCCAUGCUCGUUUAGAACAUGAACACUAAAUAUAAUUUGAACCCUGGACCUAGUGCCUAUCUCUGGCGGAGUACACCUCGGACUGGUCGCCAUCCAAUCACAGGAUAAACAACCGCGCACGCAGACGCUCACACUGAAGAAGAACAUAGAUUUUCCAAUAACACCGCCACGCAUACCUUUGGACUGUGGGAGGAAAGCAGAACCCCUGGAGAAAACCCACUCCAUACAAUUUGAACCCAGGACCAUCCAGCACCAGUACUAACAACUGCUCUUCCUUGCAGCGUGCAACUAUUUUCUUAGACAAUAUUCAGGAAUUUAUACUAUACCCUGUGUUUUUUUUAACAACAGGCAUGUUCUAUUUGUGCACAAUUGUUCAGCUAAUGUGUUUCAUCUUCUUUUGUUUUUUUAUUUUUGCUAUAGACAGAAAUUAGGAAGGGGAAGCUGCUAUGAAAUGGUCUUGUUUGUCACUUAAUCCAUUACUGAAAUCAUAUUUUUGUCUCCUUUGAGACUUGUUACUAAAGGGUACGGUUAGGAUCAAAAUAGUUUUAGGGCAAAAUGAUUUAGGAUGGAAAGGUCCGGGCAAGUCUUCCACAAACUAAAUAAAAUUCCUAUUAAAUGUAAUUGUGACAGGAAAAAAAGGAAAAAUGGAUCACUGUAAGAUAAAUGUAAAAACUACUUUAAAUGUUAAAACAUUUGCUCUAUCAUAAUGUUAAAUAUUUAGAGUUAUUGAAAUUCGUUUUGCUGCAGUGAGGGACAACAAUUAACAUCUUAUUUUCAAUAAAACUGAAAAAAAAAGAAAAAAAAACAGU